CCGGCAGCCAAACUCCUCCUGACCACCGCUGGUGCAUUCGCAUCUUCUCUUCGCGCAACAUACCCGGAUCAAGGCCUUGCCCUCUUCGCCGAACCAAUCUGGUGGUGGCAGUCCGGAUCCGGCGUCGACGCCCUCCUGACAUACACUGCUACAACAGGAGACUCUCAAUACGCAACUCUUCUCUCAAACACGCUCAUCACCGAAGCCACCGGCACAAACGACUUCAUGACCGUCCAUGCAACCGGCAACGACGACCAAGCAUGGUGGGCCCUGGCCGCCCUUACAGCUGCAGAAACCUCCCUCGCACAAACUGGCCCCGUACCCUGGGCGACCCUCGCACAGAACGUUUUUCAGGAGCAGACUACACGCUGGGACAACGACAAGUGCAACGGCGGCAUGAAAUGGAAAAUCCUCGAAGGCGACGGCACAGAUGGCUGGCACUACAAGUCCUCCAUUGCAAACGGAUUAUUCUUCCAAAUGGCGGCUCGUCUCGCACUACUUACUUCGUCUGCAGACAUCAAGGCCUGGGCAAUCAAGAGCUAUGACUGGACCGUCAGCGUGGGGUUGGUUAGUCCGGAGUUCGAUGUGUACGAUGGCACAGACGAUGCGAAGGGCGAGAAUGGGUGCGUGGAUGUGAACCACAAUAUGUGGAGUUACAAUGUCGGUGUUUUCAUGUACGGCGCUGCUGUUAUGAGUAAACUCACCGGCGAAGACGAGUGGCUAGACAGGACUAAAGGUUUCAUUGCGUCUGCCAAGCGUAACUUCGUGAACGAAGAGACGGGCGAAUUGUGGGAGGCGAAGUGUGAGGGGGAUGGGAGUUGUGAUUCUGAUCAGGUUAGCUUUAAGGGGACGUUAGCAAGGUGGCUGGGGGCUACGGCGGAGCUGCUGCCGGAGCUGAGGGAUAGUGUGAUAGAGAUUAUGGGCGGUGCGAGUAGUAUGGCUACUGCAGGGACGACGGAGGGAUUGGGGGCUAUUGCAUCGUUUAAUGAGCUUGAGAUAGUGGAUGCUGGAUUGAGGAUUCAGGGUGUUGGUGGGAAGGAAGGGACGAUUGGG